AUGCCAUCGACCUCUUCGACUCGCACAGCCCUGCGUUUGCGGGGCAAUUGCCCAGCCAUCACCGCCAUGGCAUCAUCCCUGGUUCAGCAUCAGCACCUCCGCUAUCAACCUGCCGCCAUUCGCAAUUGCUAUAGCCUUUUGACUCGCGGCUACGCCAGCCCAUCAUCAUCUCCGAAAUCACAUACGCGCUCCCCAUCGUGUGCCCAGCCGGCCUCCCCAAUUGUCCCGUCCACCUCCUCAACGGCGACCACUUCUCUCGCCGACGAUGUCAACCCUCCGCCGAGCACCCGGCCAGCAGACCUCAACCUUCCAGAGCCAGUGUCCGCGUCGGCCGGACCGGCCGACAAGCUGAAACGCUACGUCGCGCUGGGCCGCGCGUACCUGUCCUUCUACAAGACAGGCCUCAAAAACGUCUACCACAACUACCGCGCCUCGCUCCCCCUCCGCCGCUCGCUGGGUCUACCCGCCUACCUUCCCACCUCGCCUCCCCCAGCACCCUCCACCUCCAGCACCGACAGCAAGACCACCCCUUUCCGCACAGCCGUGCACUCCCAACGCCUCAGCCGCGCCAACUUCCAGCUUGUCCGCCGCGCCGCCUACGACGUCCGCCGCAUGAUCCCCUUCAGUCUCAUCCUGAUCGUCUGCGGCGAGUUGACUCCGCUCGCCGUCCUGGUCCUGGGCAACGCCGUCACCCCCUUCACCUGCCGCGUCCCGCAGCAGAUCAAGAAGGCCCGGCUGCAGCGCGCGGCCCGGAAACGCGCCGCCCUCGCCGCCCACGAGGCGCAGUCGCGAGGCUCCGUUACGGGCCCCACGGCCGGCUCGGACGCCGAGCUCGAGCUGUUGGCCCGCGAGUUUGCACAUGCCAGCUGGGUCGAGAAGGCCUCGGCCCAGGAGAUUCUGCAGGCGUGUGCGGCGUUGGGGCUGGUGCGGACGCAUACCCGGCCCCCGGCGCUGGUGUCCUGGUUGUAUCGGCCGCGACUGCGGCGGUAUGUGGAGUACCUGGCGCUGGAUGAUGAGCUGAUCCGGCAGGGGGGAGGGGUCCCGGCCAUGGAGGCGGCGGAGGUCAGCAUUGCGGUCGAGGAGCGAGGGGGUGUGGGCGUUGCGGACGGCAAGGAGAGUUGGGAGGCAGAGAGGGAGGAGAGACGGUGGUUGCACCGAUGGUUGGAAAGGGCUUAA